AUGCUAUUUCGACCUCAAUAUUCGGCUCGUGGAGGGCAAGGCAGGCGAUGCGAGCAACAACAACAAGCUGGAAAAGGAGUUUCCACUGCUACUUGGGUUGUUGAAGCCAAGCUCCCCACUUCGCCCCCCCUCCCCUCGCUUCCGAAAUGGGUUUUUAAGGUUGCAGCGGAACAAUGUGCGCUGGCUGGAAUCUCGCCCAGCUCUUUUAAAAUUUAUAGCAGGGUCACCAUUCAAGAGCGGUCMCCUGCCGCUUCAAAUAUAGAUAUCAUUGCCGUAGAGCCAUUGAACGAAAAGGCUUUACUCACUGCCUGCACCACACUGGAUGUCGAUGUGAUCAAGCUGAAAAUGGAAGAACGGCUGCCAUUUCCGUUGAAGCCCUCCAUUGUGGGUGCUGCCAUUUUGAGAGGAAUUUUUUUUGAAAUUUCUUUACAGGACGCAAUUGUGUUUGGAGAGUCUGCACCAAGCAAGCUGCGAAAUUUUCUGGCAAACGCUGCAUCUCUCAUUUCCGCAAGCAAGGGAAGGAACCUUUUGUUUACCAGUGGAGCCAGUGAAAAGUUUGGUGUAAGGUCCCCUCAUGAUUCUUCUAAUAUCCUUCAUCUUCUUGGAAUGAAAUCUGCCUCAGAUGCGCUCUUUAGCUUAAAGGAGAAUCCCAUAAAAGUGCUUAAACACGCAGGUAUUGAUGUGAUCUCUCUUAUCGCUAGCUAUGCGAAGAAUGACGUUUCGAAAUGUUGUUGGCGUGAAGCCAGAUCCGUCAUUUUCGGAGCCGGUAUCCAGUGCCCUAGACUCGGACUUUCUCUCCUUUGCCGAGACAGAAGCACUUAA